GGCGGAGCCAAUCAUAUUUUGUUGAUGUUCACACUCGCUCUCAUCACACGCGACUCCGCGCUUCAGAUCAACACUGGACAACGUAAACAAGUGAGUUUCCGGCUCUGUGUGUGUGUGUGUUGAUGAAUGUGUGAGGAGCUCUGGGAUGGACAUGGAGGAGUCUGGAGCAAGUCAGAUGGAGGAGACAGCAGCUCCCAAACGCAGCAGAGGACGACCACGCAAAGCACCACAGGAGCCUGUUGACCCGUCUGCUCCCCGGAGGCCGAGAGGACGACCGAGAGGCAGUAAAAACAAAGGCCAGCGCCUCACCACCAGGGAAGAGCCACCUAAAGAAAGAAGACCUCGAGGAAGACCAAGAAAAUGGCCUCAGAAGACUGUUCAACAGGAGGAACAGAAGGCUGAGGAUGAAUGGGCGGAGUCAGGGGAGGAGCCACCCACUCAGGCACCGCCCACUGCAGAAAGAUUUCAAGACAGCGAGUAAAACUACCUCAGCCAUGACUCCCAUACUACACUCACUGUAAAAAAGGGUUUUCCUACUUAGAGGUUUUUGUCUUGAUUUAUAGUUUUUUAGAUAUUUGGAGUAGAAACAAGGAUCAUUUUAUAGAAUAAGCAAAAUUAAGUCUUUUUUUUUCAGAAAUAAUAAGUCCAAAUGAAUUGAGAUUUUCAUUACAAUGAGUUUAAAAAGAUUAUUUUGUAAAAAAAAAAGUGAAAAUGUCACAUUUAGGGCUCACAGGUAAAUUAUUAUUAUUAUUAUUUUAAUUUUGAAAAUCUAUGUAGUACAAUAAUCAAUUUUUACGAUGAAAAAGCAAUAUACAAUGUCAUUUUAAAGGGAUAGUUCACCCAAAAAUAACAUUUACUCACCUUCAAGUGGUGAGUUUUGUUUUUCU